UGCGCAUGCGUUCCUGGGGCGUUGGCUAUAACAAAAGUUUACGUUACAUUUGGGCAAAACUUUUUUUCCUGUUUCUCUACCAAGUUUGUUGGUGUGUGAGCGAUUAACAAACGGAGUAAAUAUGUCUGGGGAAUGGCAGCAUGGAUUAUUCGGAUGCUUUGAUAAUUUCAGCUUGUGUUUGAUCUCUUACUUUGUGCCGUGCUACCAGUUCGGGAAGAAUGCUGAGGCGGUGGGGGAGUCCUGUCUGCUGUGUGGCCUAGCUCUCCUCGUCCCCCUCGUGGAUUUGUGGGCAGUCAUCAGUAUUCGAGGGAAAAUCCGCGAGUCUAAAGGAAUUCAAGGAAGCUUGGUGGGGGACUUAUUGACUUGGUGCGUUUGUCCCCUGUGUGCCUUGGUUCAAGAGUCCCAGGAGUUGCAGGGAAUGAGCCCCCAGGCCAUGGCCCGGGAGUAGCGGCAGGGACGUCUGUGUGUGUGACAGUGCAUGGUUAUAUUUUUUAUAUCAUUUUGUGUAAAAAUGAGGACUUUUAGAUCCAUUUAUUGAUCGUUUUGUAGUGAGCAGUUUUUCUCCGUAGCGUUAUUCGUCAGCAAUAUUGCCAAGUUAGUAGAGAGCUGGAUUUGAUGGGUUGUAAUGGCGCCGGGGCACCUACGGGGCACCCACGGGACGCGGGAAAUUUAGGACACAGACUGGUGAUAUACACUGAACUAGCAUGCCUAAAAAAACAUUAAACUACUUUUUUCAUGUUAAAUGAUUAUGCUUGUAUAAUAUUGGACAUAUUUUGUACUAGUGUUCAUUUUUUUAAUACGUAUAUAAAAUUUACCUCAAACAAUAAAAUUUUCAUUCAUAAA